CACACGAUACACGAAGUCCGAAGUCGUUAACUCUUUAUUUUUGGAGGGUGUUUCGUGUUUGACUAUUUGCUAGCUUAAAAAAUCAAGUCUGAAUUUUCCUAAAGCGUUCCACUAAUUUUUUGAGAAUUAAAAAAAGUUCGAGUAGCUAGGCCUAGGCCUAUUUAACGACGUAUAAAAGUUAAAUCAAAACUUUUAGUGCUUAGUUUCCACCAGGUGGCUCGAAAGCAGAAUGACGGGCAAUUGGGGCAAAUGAGGCAAACGCGAAUUGUGUUAUCGAUAAGAAAUAAGUUAGAAUUCUUCUAGUUAAUGUAGUUUAUGCAUUACUUUGAAGUGAAGAAUCUAUUAUCUAAUUUCCCGAUGAUAACGCCAAGUGAAUAAGCCUCCCGUUUCGAUCUUCAGUUACAAGUGUUUUUCGUUUAAAUUGGACCAGUGUGCCCAACUUUGUUUGAUCCAACUUAUUUCCAUCAUGAGUGAUAAUGCAGAAAAAAAAUUGCCAGACGAUUUGCCGAAUAUCAAUUUUAUGUACAAGACCAUGUUGGCUCGUGAUCCUAGUAAAAGAAGAGUCAAACCAACUCCAACAGUUGAAUUAUUUCCACUGACAAUAGAGUCAGAAUCAGAAGACUCUGAUUUCAAGCUUGAAGAAGAUGACUCUGAUUCAGGAUCUGGCUCAUCAUCCGAUUCUAUUGAUGAAUCAGAACCAGAAAGUAGUGUGGAACUAUCUGAAUCUGAACAGAACAGCACACAUGUUAAUGGAUCAUCAACAGCCCCAUUAUCAGAAGUAAUAAAGAGUCCUGGUGCAAAGGUACAAGAACCUAUUGCCCCAUGUAAAGUUACAAAUUAUCAAUUGCCUCCAGAAAUACCACAAGUAAGAGUUUGCUGCAUUUGCCUGGGUACACACAGCUCAGAUGUAAAUGAAGUGGUAGAAUGUGACUCAUGUGGUAUAUUAGUACAUGAAGGGUGCUAUGGUGUAACUGAAAGUGGAAGUGUGUCUAGUACUGCCUCUUCAUGCUCAACAGAACCAUGGUUUUGUGAACCUUGCCAAGGAAAUGUUAUAAAUCCACCUUGCCAGAUGUGUCCUAACCUAGGUGGAGCACUCAAAGAGACAGAUACUGGACUUUGGGUUCAUCUAGUCUGUGCGUUGUAUACACCGGGAAUUGCGUUUGGUGAAUUAGACAAGUUAACUCAGGUCACCUUGUUUGAAAUGCCUUAUUCUCGAUGGGGUGCCAAAUCGUGCUCACUUUGUUCUGAUCCUUGGUUAAGUAGAACUGGGGUCUGUAUCGGGUGCGACGCCGGAAUGUGCCGAACAUUUUUUCACGUCACUUGUGCCCAGCGCGACGGACUUCUUUCAGAGACAUUUCAUGAAGAAACUGUUCCGGCAGAUCCAUUUUAUGCAAAUUGCAGACUACACACAGAAAAAAGCACAAUCAAGAGAAGAAAACAAAAUUAUUUGUCUCAUCAGCGACAUCUCGUUUGGUGGACCAACAAGAGAAACACUGGCCGCGAUUUGUUGACUUCAGGACAAGGUGAAGAUGUGUCCCUGCGUCGGAUUCUCCGCAAAUUGGGGCGUCAACGAGUCAAAUUCCAAACAAAACAUUGGCCUCGUGCAAGUUGGGUUCCAACUCAAAAAAUGCCUCGUUUGCUAACCACCUGUGCGUCUGCCGUGAGAAGAUUACGCUCUAAAGCUGUCCUUAUGGCUGUCGAUGUCGAAGCGGAAGAGGUACGCGAAGCUCAAGUAUCAGCGUUGGCCGACCUUCCGAAGAAAUGGCACAUACCACCAGCUUUCUCUGUUGAAUUUAUCGCUUAUGUCAUCGAUAGAGAACGCAGAAUUGCUCAACUUAGGGAACAGACUACUUCCAUGAAAGAGGAAUCUCGGGAACUGGAUGAUAGUGAAAAGCAAUGGCGAUUGCGUUAUGAUUGCCUUAUUGAGGAGCAGAAUUUACUUAAAAAUCGGGAAACGGCUUACCGAAAUCAGUUGAACACGUUACAUCACAUUCUGUCAGCUGUUUCUCCCAAGCGUGGCUUUAAUCAUCCUUCAAGUCCACGACGAGGUAUUGAAGAAGGCACCUCUAGUGGGCGUCGAUCUGGUCGACCUUCGUCUCCUUCUAAAAUUCGGCCGAAUCGAGAUAGCAUCGAAAGUGUUCCAUCCCAGACCGAAAACUCCAACCAGAGCUCGCAAGAUUUCUGGGUGGCCGAUAUUCGAGCGGGGCCCUCAAAUCGCUUCUCGAAUAUGGUACAAGAAGGCCAGAGUGGAUCUUCCAACACCAAUGAUGUGAGUCCACGAAUGGUUCUUAAGCGAGUGAUGAAAUCUGCCUCGCCUUAUUUAGUGCACAAACAGAAGAAAGCUAGAAUGGAGGAUACUAGUGAAUCGCUGGCCGUAUCCUUGAAAUCUAUUCCUUCGGGGUCUACACGAUUCGAUCAGUUGGAUCAUUCAGUUACGCCUGUUUCAACUAAAGCUGAACGUGUUGCUCAGUUGACGAUCUCUCCGAACUACAGGACCAACGGUAACUCCUCCAUGGCGUCUUCACAACAUGCUGAAGUACCGAAACUCAUGAUAAAAUUGAAACCUAUCCUGCCUAAAGCCACGCAAUCAGGAUUUCCCUUCAUCUUCACAAAUUCGGAUUCAGAUCAUUCACAACCGGCCCGAAGUCGUAGCCCUUCCGCCACCCGUCCAGAACCAAGCUCUGUCACCGCGUUUGUAGAGAGUGCAAUGCGUACUCCUGUAGUAUCCAUUGUUUGUUCAGCUUGCUCACGCAACGGAAUCAAGUCAGACACCGUUAGUUGCGACGAAUGCCAGCGAGUGUUCCACUUUGGUUGCCUUGAUCCACCUCUAAAAAAGACGCCUAAGCAGCGCGGUUAUUCAUGGCAUUGCGCUGAAUGCGACCCUUCGGAUCAAAGUGAUUGAGUGCUUUCCAGAACAGGCCAAUUCAUCGCUUGUCAACAUCUUACUUGUAUUCUGAUUUGAUGUCGAACUAUGCUAAACUAAAGAAAGUGAACUGUGUCACGGAUGAAAGGAAUUUGCAGUCCGUUUAAUGGAUUUCAUUAAGUUAAAUACCAAGGGUACAGCAAAUUUGUCGGAGAAUGUUGAUACUAGAAAUCAUACACUUAACUUAUAUGGCAAAA